AUGGUUUCUUCGCUACUAAUGUCCUUUGCUCCGGCCACAGUGAGGUGCUUCGCUACGGGGGCGAAGGGAACCAGCAGCACCACCACCCCGAAAGAAGAGAAGAGUAUCAUCGACUUUGUUCUUGGCAGUUUAACGAAGCAAGAUCAGUUUUACGAGACCAAUCCUCUCCUCAAGAAGGUGGACGAGAAAGAAGGAACCACCGGAGGUAACGGCGGUCGUAAAACGGUUUCUGGCGGUAAAAAUUCCGUGGCAGUGCCCCAGAAGAAGAACGGUGGCGGCUUCGGUGGUCUCUUUGCUAAGAAAUGA